CACCCCGAUUCCAGCGUGAGGCAGCGACCGCACUGUGGCCCCUCUCGGAGGCGCUGGGGCCGACCUGGGUUUGUGCUCACCGUGUGACCUUGGACAAGUCGCUUCAUCUUACGAUCCUUGGCUGCCUCAUCUGUCACUUAGAGAGUGUGCCGCGGGCCCAGGCAGGCAGCAUGGCAGUGCCCUCCGCCCCGGUCCCGCUCCGGCCCCAGAAGCCAUGGAGGACAUAGGGUAGCCCGCUCCUCAGGCCGGAUGGGGAAGCCCAGUUCAAUGGAUACAAAAUACAAGGAUGACUUAUUUCGGAAGUACGUGCAGUUCCACGAGGGCAAAGUGGACGCCCCCCCCAGCAAGCAGCGGCCGGGUGGUGAUGAGUUCCUGCGGGUGGCGGCCUCCACUCUGCUCAGCCUGCACAAGGUCGACCCCUUCUAUCGGUUCCGGCUGAUCCAGUUCUACGAGGUGGCAGAGCGUUCCCUGCGCUCUCUGGGCUCCUCCAGCUUGCGGGCCCUGCACUGCGCCUUCAGCCUGCUGGAGACAGUGGCCGUCAACCUCUUCCUCUUCCCCUGGAAGAAGGAGUUCAGAAGCAUCAAGACCUACACAGGCCCCUUCGUGUAUCACUUGAAGUCGGCGAUGCUCGAGGAAGACAUCCGGGCCAUCCUGAAUUACAUGGGCUACGUGCCCGAGUUGGGGACUGCAUACAAGCUCAUGGAGCUGGUGGAGACCCUCCAGGUGAAGAUGGUCUCUUUUGAGCUCUUUCUGGCCAAGGUGGAGUGUGAGCAGAUGCUGGAAAUCCACUCACAAGUGAAGGACAAGGGCUACUCUGAACUGGACAUCGUGAGCGAACGCAAGACCAGCACCGAGGACGUGCGUGGCUGCUCCGACGCCCUGCGCUGGCGGGCCGAGGGCAGGGAGCACCUGACAACCUCGAUGGCCCGGGUGGCACUCCAGAAGUCGGCCAGUGAGAGGGCGGCCAAGGACUACUACAAGCCCCGCGUGACCAAGCCCUCGAGGUCGGUGGACGCCUAUGACAGCUACUGGGAGAGCAGGAAGCCGCCCCUGAAGGCCUCACUGAGCCUGCGCAAGGAGCCCCUGGCAGCAGACUCGGGGGAUGACCUCAGGGACGAGAUCAUCCGCCCGUCCCCCUCGCUCCUGACCAUGUCCAGCUCCCCCCAUGGCAGCCCGGAUGACCUGCCGUCCCCGUCCCCCAGCAACGGCCUGCUGCGUGGCACAUACUUCUCUGCUCAGGAUGACGUGGACCUGUACACAGACUCGGAGCCCAGGGCCACGUACCGCCGGCAGGACGCCCUGCGGCCAGACGUGUGGCUAGCCCGAAACGACGCCCACCCCCUCUACCACAAGCGCCCACCCCCAGCCAAAGAGCCUGCCCUCUCCAAGUGCUCGAACUGCGGGCUGGCGAGCAGCACCUCCCUCUGCCAGCGCUGUGACAGCCUGCUCGCUGGUCCUCCGCCCGCCAAGCCUGGCACUGGCCCCAGCAAGGCCUCUGCCCACGAGGGCCUGGCCCACGCGUCACUGCGGGAAAAAUACUCGGGCCAGACUCAGGGCCUUGACCGGCUGCCGUCCCUCCACUCCAAGUCCAAGCCCCCUGCCAUGGCCACCUCUCGCUGUGGCUUCUGUAACCGCCCAGGUGCCACCCACACCUGCACCCAGUGCUCAAAAGUUUCCUGUGAUGCCUGCCUCAGCGCCUACCAUUACGACCCCUGCUGCAAAAAAAGCGAGUUGCACAAGUUCAUUCCCAACAACCAGCUGAACUACAAGUCCACCCCGUUCUCCCACCUCGUAUACAGAUAGACCUGAUCCGGCCCCUUCCUGCCACAAGGGCUACACCACUGACCUGCUUUCCCAGUGACCAGGGCCUGCCCUUGCACACACAUGUAGGGGCCAGAGGCGCUUGGGGUCGCCAUGCCACGCCAUGUCAUGCCACGCCACGCCACGUCACAUCACGUAGUUCACUCAGCUACCGGUGACUUCAACUGAGGGCUGCUUUGUCAUCUGACAAGGGAGAGGGUGGCACUUCCGUUCAGAGGCAUUUUUUUGGCUAAUCACUCCUUAUUCAGUCUUUGUGUGUGGUUGUUGCUUUUUGUUUAAGAAGAGGAUUUCGAUCCCUGGGCCUCUCUGCCCCUCCCCCUCAGUGAAGCCACCUUGGACUGGGAAGGGCCCUUCAGGUCACUUCCAAGUGACCGCGUGGGGAGUCGAGUUAGCUAGAGGCCUGCUGGCUUGUGAAAUGAGCCCUCCUGCCACACUGGGGCCUCUUCAAUGGCUCACCCCUUCUCCGCCCAGUCCCGAGCCCAGCGCCCUGACCUGGCCUCCCGGUUUGAGGCUGCACGGAGCUCAGUGUUAACCGAAGGUCCUGCUGUGGCCUGCUCCGCUGGUAGGUGCCCCACGUCAUCGGGUGGACUUCCCACUGCAGGAUGAGCGCACCUCCUCCUGUUGUUUGCACAUCCCAGUCUUACUGUACUGUAAAUAGAGGUUUUUGAAAUUUAUUUUUAAAUAAAUAUUCAACUUGCCGCGUGUUUCAAAGUGGUUAAGAAAAUUAAUGAUGUAGCUAUUUAUAAAGAUGCCCCGGGUUCUUCCGUUUUCCGAGCGAGGGUCUCACACCCUCUUGUAUCAUAGCCUCCACUCACCGUAGCCCGAGGGUCAAGGUGAAAAAUGGUUUGGGGCUGGGGAGGAUCUGAGAAGAUGUCCCUUUUUCUUGAGCUGGUGGAGGCCACUCUGUCUUCCCUGCAGUAACUAUACACCUACCUCCAGCGUGCAUGGACCCUCAGCCCUGGUCCCAGGCCCUCCAGAUGCCUGGAGUCGUGUCAGAAGGAGAAUCAUUCAGGAUUCUCUCCACCUCUCCACUCAGCCGCCCUCCUCGCCAUGUCCAGGACUCACCUGCAGCAAGCUUUACCAUCUUUUUGCACCAAAAGCCGGGAGUCGGCGUGCAUCCUUUAGUGAGACAUCUCAGACACAGAGUGGGGCGUAAGCAUUUCCCAGCCACCUCCUCGAGUGAAUGAGUGACCCCGGGUUUCCUUUUUGGGGUGCAGGACAGGAGUGGGGCAAGAGCUCGAAAAGAGAACGGCUCCCUGUGGACUAAGGAGAAACGUGUUCCAGCGCUCAGUGCUCGUGACGGACAGCUUGCCAGCGGAACUCACGGCAGAGGGUCUGUUUCAUUUUGGAGCAAGUUCCACUCUGAGGCCACUGCUAAUUUGCCCAUGUCCUCCCAACUCAGCCGAGUGAUUUUAAGGGUUUUCAGCUCUUCAAUGGCUCUUUUCUCUCUCAUCUGGUAGAACAUACGUGGGAGCCCUGGUGGCACAGUCUUUAAAACAGUUGGCGGCUGGCCCCAAGGUUGCCAGUUCCAACCCAUCAGCCGCUCUACGGGAGAAAGAGGUGGCAGUCUGCUCCCGUUACGGUGACCGCCUUGGAAACCCUGCGGGGCAGUUCCACUCGGUCCUAGAGGAUCAUUCUACGUCGGCCUCCACGUGGCUCGACAGCACCAGCCAGGUAGAGCACCUGUAGAUGCACAGGUGUACACACAGCUGAGUUUCAGCGACUUGAUCACGGAGACCAGCUCAUCGCAGGGGACUCGUCCUUGAGAGUCGUGCUUUCCAUGUUCCCAGAGCGUCCAUGCCUGCUCUGCUCCCGAGAGCUCUAGUUCCCUAGUUUUCCACUUCCAGUUUGCUUCCACAGUACCCCUCUGACUCCCUCACCCACCUCGAAGCCACGUAGCUCACCGUGACCAGCGCAGGAGUGAGGAGAGAGAACUCUGGCUGGGAGCGAGCAGAGUGCCCAAUGCCCACGGAAUGCUCUGACCACCUCCCUCCCUCUGGGUGUUUAUCUUGUUGUAGGAGGUCGCUGUGAUCGAGAUAGUUAAAUGUAUGCUCAUUUUAAAAUGCACAUGUUUUACAUUCGGUUUAUACCAAUAGUUGCAGUGUUGAGAGAUGAUUUAAAAAAACAAAAACAAUAAAAACGUCUUCCAUUGUUCAA